AUGGUGCGCGCCGACUGCUCCCUCCUGCCGGCCGCCGGGCGACCCUCCUUCAGCACCACCGCGCAAAGACAGCGCCCGCGGGCCCGCUGCCUUUUAAGCCCCGCCGAGCGGUGGCCUGAUUCCAGGGGGGGCGGGGGGGAGGAGCAGCUGCCGCCCCCCCCUCCCGGGAGGGCUGUCCCAAAGCUGGGGGCUUGGUGGGCGGCCUUUCCGUGGGGCUGCGAUCUUCCCCAAAGGCGGAACGGCCAGGGAAAGACUCUUUCCAGGAGAGCUGGCUGUGCCAGUGGAGCCUCCAGGUGCAGCUGCAGUCUACCCGUUACUGCCAGCCAGCAGCCCAUGGAUCAACUCAAUACAUUACAAUCGUUUCAGGGCACCUUUGGGGCUCCCAAAGGGGAGACCUUCCCUCCCAUGGACCUGCCUGGCUAUGGGGAGCUGGGCGCCCACCACCACCACCCCAGGCACUCCAGGCCCAUGUGGCUGCGGGCCAGGCUUAAAGCUGUCACAAUGUUUGAUCAAACCAGCGUCAUGUUCCCGGGGGGGGGAUGCUUGGCCUUGGAUCUGGCAAGCCCUGAUCGCGGGCCGAAAAGUGGCUUAGCCGAAGUGCCUGACCAGUUUGGCCAAGAGAUGCCUCUCCCAACAGGAGAGCCAACGGCUGCAGUGGAAGCCAAGAGAUGCCCACCUUGCCACCUGAGUGCCCUGGCUCAGCCCAGCAGCCUAAUGGGACGCAAAGGGGAUGUGGGGCUGAGACAAGCAAUAGUCAACAGCUUUCGCAAUGAGGGCAAUGGAACUCAAGGCGUUUUUGGAUCUGUAGAUGAAACCAAGCCAUGGGAUCGGCUGGCCUCUUACAAGAAUUCUCGGAUCAACAAACAUGAGCAUGGCAUCAACCGCAAGAGGAAGAUGCUUCAUGCCACUGGGGAGAAGCCCCUCACCCCGCAGUUCCUUCCCCCCCCACCCCACCCCACCCCGCUCCCGGCUUCCGCUGGCCCCCGGGAUGCCCCCCCUCGCCCGCCAGCCCCGCCGCUCUUCCCGCCCCCUUCCCAGCCCCAGAGUCCAGCGGCCGCAGCAGAAGCAGCCCCGGGCCUCCGCUGCCGCUCCCCGCAUUUUCUGGCAGGGGUCCCGAAGGAAGCCCCUCUCCAAGGGGUCCUCCGUACGUGGACUCGCAGGAAGUUUCCGGCAGCGGCCCCUCGGCCAGGUAGGGGCUCCCUCGGGGGCUGGGCUGAGGCUUUGCAGAGAAGCCCCGAUCCGCCCCUGCUGGCCCAGCACCUGAGCGCUCCGGAGCGGGACUUUUCUCAAAGACUUUGGACAGAGACGAAGUGCGAAUUCUUUGACCCAGGCAGUAAGUGGAUCCAAUCCUGUUUAGCUUUCCCUGGUCAGGCUCAGCAGCCCCAUCCGCUGGCAGCAGAGCCUCUGCCCAUGGACCUGAAGAAGACAGUGCCAGCCUCCCGGGAGCAGGGUUGGUAUUUGAAGCUGAUGGCCCCCAACAUCAAGGGCCCCUCCUACGCCUGGCUGGACCCCUCUCGUCUCUACUGCCACCCUCAGGCCCUGCAGGACUGUGUCGAAGAUUUGGUGCGACCGUUUCGGGACGAUGCCAUCGACCAAGUGGUUGGCAUAGAUGCCAUGGGGUUCGUUUUGGGCGCCGCCAUCGCUGUCACCCUCCGAAAAGGCUUCGUGACCAUCCGGAAAGCCGGCCACCUCUGUGUCGAGACCUGCACUCAGACCUACAGGGACUACACGGACCGUGAGAAAGUGAUGGAAGCCCGCACAGAUGCCAUCGGCCCAGGUGUCCGGGUCCUGUUGGUGGACCAAUGGGUAGAGACAGGGGGCACCAUGCGGGGCGCCAUCCAGCUGGUGGAACGGCAAGGCGGUGUGGUGGCAGGUAUCGCUGCCAUCUGCAUUGAAGACAGUGACGGCGGCCACUGGCUGAAACGCCACUACAAGUGGUCCCACUGUGUGGCCCCCCACCUGAUGCCACAGUUUAACGCUCACCAGCUAGACUCCUUCCAAGCUUUCCGAACGAGCCUCCCCAGCCAGGAGCAGCCACAAAAUCUUUGAACCGGGGGGCCCACAACAGCCCUGCUUAGCCUUCCUGCAGCCCCGCACAGAUUCCCUCCUCCACCCAGCAGCUUCCCUGGCCCCUCCAGAUAACCCCCCUGCCAUCCUCUUCUGGGCAUGUGAACUUAUGUAGAUAUGUAAAAGUCUCCUGAAUUUACAACAAUUCAUUUAGUGACCGUUCAGAAUUACAACGUAAUAAAAAAAGGCAGCUAUGGCCGUUUUUCACACUUAUGACUGUUGUAGCAUCCCACAGUCACGUGAUCAAAAUUCAGACACUUGGCAACCGACUCAUAUUUAGGACGGUCGCAGUGUCCCAGGGUCACUCGAUCCCCUUUUGCGACCUUCUGGUCAGUAGUGAAGCCAGAUUCACUUAACGUGUUACUAAAGAAUCAAGAUCACGUGAAGUGUUAGUGCCACUUUAUAAGGCCUUGGUAAGGCCACACUUGGAAUAUUGCAUUCAGUUUUGGUCACCAAGAUGUAAAAAAGAUGUUGAGACUCUAGAAAGAGUGCAGAGAAGAGCAACGAAGAUGAUUAGGGGACUGGAGGAUAAAACAUAUGAAGAACGGUUGCUGGAAUUGGGUAGGUCUAGUUUAACAAAAAGAAGGACUCGGGGAGACAUGAUAGCAGUGUUCCAAUAUCUCAGGGGUUGCCACAAAGAAGAGGGAGUCGGGCUGUUCUCCAAAGCAUCUGAGGGUAGAACAAGAAGCAAUGGGUGGAAACUAAUCAAGGAGAGAAGCAACCUAGAACUAAGGAGAAAUUUCCUGACAGUUAGAACAAUUAAUCAGUGGAACAAUUUGCCUGCAGAAGUUGUGAAUGCUCCAACACUAGAAAUUUUUAAGAAACUGUUGGAUAGCCAUUUGUCUGAAAUGAUGUAUGGUUUCCUGCCUGGGCAGGGGGUUGGACUAGAAGACCUCCAAGGUCCCUUCCAACUGAUAUUAUUAUUAUUAUUAUUAUUAUUAUAUAACUAACUAACUUUUAUUGUUUACUUACUUAUUUAAUAUUUAUUUAUUGUUUAUUCAUUCAAUAGCUGUAGAUUUCUGACUUAAGCACCGCAGGGCUUCACUUAUCAGCUUUGGCAAUUCAGGUCGUAAAACGGAGCAGCAAAACUCACUUAACAACAGUCUUGCUUAACCACGGAAAUUUGGGGGUCGAUUGCGGUCGUAAAUCGAGGACCACCUGUAUCUCUGUAUGGAUCGGUUGGUGGGUCAUCAAACUGAUCCUUGACUUUUAGCAAGCAGUGUUUUCCCCCUUCCCCCUAUUUGCCCCCAAUCUGGCCUUUUUGUGCAGAGACCGCCUGCCUGGAAGUGGCCCCCCCUGUGCCAAAGGCCUCCCCGGGGCUUCAGGGGGGCCCACCAGGAGGGUCUCUCUCCUCAGCUUUACAGCUACCUCCAGGGAGGGCAGGGAAGAGCCCAUUUUCUGCUGCAAUCCACCCCUUUGCUGGGGGGGGGGGGCUUCCUGCCCCUCCCCCCAUGACUCCGCUGCCUACCUUCUUGCUGCAUAACCCUUGGAAGGAGCCACUGCAGAAUCGCAGGAAAAGGAGGUACAAUUAGGGAUCCCCUGCCACGGGAGGGGGGCGGGGGAAGAGAAAUUGUGCCCUCCAAGGAGUGGGAAGGGGUGCCCCUCCUGGCCC